CUCUCAGUCUCCCACGUUCCCUAACUAAAAUAUUCUCUGUAAAACCAGCAAACAGUGCCGAUUUGAGCCCGCAAAAUGGCGGAGAUAUGCUCCAGGAAGUUGUUCGUAGAGGUUUGCAAUGCGAAGAAUCUGAUGCCGAAGGACGGACAGGGGACGGCGAGCGCGUAUGCUAUCGUUGACUUCGACGGCCAACGGCGGCGGACCAAGACGAAGUUCCGAGAUCUGAACCCGCAGUGGGACGAGCUGCUUGAGUUUCUUGUCCAUGACAAGGACUCCAUGGCUACCGAAAUCCUCGAGAUCAAUCUAUACAACGACAAGAAGUUUGGGAAGCGAAGCAACUUUUUAGGAAAAGUGAAGAUCGCCGGCAGUGGCUUUGUUAAGUCCGGAUCGGAAUCGCUUGUGUAUUUUCCGUUGGAGAAACGGAGUGUUUUCUCGCAGAUCAAGGGGGAGCUGGGACUAAAAGUAUAUUACAUUGAUGAGGAUCCGCCCGCGGAGAAAGCUGAGCCGGUGAAGGAAGCGGCAGCGGAGGAGAAGCCACCUGAGAAUCCGAAACCGGAAGAUGAGAAGAACGAAGAGAAAACAGAUGAAAAGAAAGAGGAGGAGAAAACGGAAGAGAAGCCUAACGAAGCUGCUAAAGUGGAAGAGAAGCCGAAUCCACCACCGGAGGAGAAACCAAAGCCGGAGGAGGCUCCUCCAGCAGCUUCUCCACCGGCGGAGGUGGAGAAUCCUUUGUUAGCUCAAAGUGAUAAAGGAAAACAUAGUAAAGAGAAAACAGAGAUCAUAAAACGGCCGAAUCUUGGCGCAAGUGAUCCUGAACUCCGAUCAAUGGGCGGAGAUCGGAGCCACGGUACAUACGAUCUCGUUGCUCGCAUGCCUUUUUAUUAUAUUCGCGUGGUUAAGGCCAAAUUAGUAAAAUCUGAACACAGUGGUCCAAUGUAUGCGAAGCUUGUUAUCGGCACAAACACUGUUAAAACCAAGAGCCAAUCUGAUAAUAAAGAUUGGGAUCAAGUGUUCGCUUUCGACAAAGAAGGAUUAAAUUCCAGUUCACUGGAAAUUUCAGUUUGUGUAGAAGAGAAGAAAGAAAAAGAUCAAUCUACAGAGAGUUGUCUUGGAACGGUGUCGUUUGAUUUGCAAGAGGUGCCAAAUAGAGUUCCACCAGAUAGUCCAUUAGCUCCUCAAUGGUACACUUUGGAGUCCGAAGCUUCGCCGGGAAACGAUGUCAUGAUCGCUGUUUGGCUGGGAACUCAAGCAGAUGAAGCAUUUCAAGAGGCAUGGCAGUCGGAUUCAGGUGGAUUGAUACCAGAGACCCGAGCCAAGAUAUAUUUGUCUCCAAAGCUGUGGUAUUUGAGACUAACGGUUAUCCAAACCCAAGAUUUGCAACUUGGUUCGGGGUCCGAGCCUAAGGUCAAAAGGCCUGAACUUUACGUAAAGGGUCAACUUGGAGCACAGGUUUUCAAAACAAGUCGGACUUCUGUCGGGUCAUCAUCGUCCAGCUCAAGUACUAACCCGACUUGGAAUGAAGAUCUGGUUUUUGUAGCAGCUGAGCCGUUUGAGCCGUUUUUAAUAAUCACAGUAGAAGAUGUAACAAAUGGAGAAACAGUAGGCAACGCAAAAAUACAGAUGGCAAGCAUCGAGAAGCGAAUAGAUGAUCGGACGGAUGCGAAAUCACGGUGGUUCAACUUGGCAGGUGACGAGAAUAAGCCUUACGCAGGGAGAAUACACGUCAAAGUCUGUUUGGAAGGAGGGUAUCACGUGCUAGACGAGGCAUCUCACGUGACCAGCGAUGUCCGAGCCGCAGCUAAGCAGCUAGCCAAGGCUCCAAUUGGAUUACUUGAGGUGGGGAUCCGUGGUGCGACUAAUUUGCUCCCCGUGAAAACCAAGGAUGGUACACGUGGCACUACUGACGCUUACGUGGUUGCCAAGUAUGGACCAAAAUGGGUUCGUACUCGUACAAUACUCGAUCGAUUCAAUCCACGGUGGAACGAGCAGUACAGUUGGGAUGUGUUUGAUCCUUGCACCGUACUUACCAUAGGUGCAUUUGAUAAUGGACGGUACAAGCUCGACGAAGCAGGAAAGCCAGGAAAAGACGUUAGGAUUGGAAAGAUACGUGUACGGUUGUCAACACUUGAUACGAAUCGGGUCUACCUGAAUACAUACUCACUCACCGUAAUACUCCCUGGUGGGGCCAAGAAAAUGGGGGAGGUGGAGAUAGCCGUUAGAUUCUGUUCCUCAUCAUGGCUCACUUUAAUACAAGCCUACGCUUGUCCAAUGCUUCCUAGAAUGCACUACGUCCGUCCACUGGGUCCCGCACAGCAAGACAUACUGCGCCACACUGCGAUGCGGAUAGUCACAACAAGGCUCGCUCGGUCCGAGCCAGCUUUGGGUCAAGAGGUGGUUCAGUAUAUGCUAGAUAGUGACACACACGUAUGGAGCAUGAGGAAAAGUAAAGCUAAUUGGUUCAGGGUAGUGGGUUGCCUCUCACGUGCGGCAACUUUGGCUCGUUGGAUUGAUGGGAUUCGGACAUGGUUGCACCCACCUACCACUAUCAUGGUCCACGUUCUUCUCGCGGCAGUGGUGUUAUGUCCACAUCUGGUCCUCCCCACUGUAUUCAUGUACGCCUUCAUGAUCCUACUGUUAAGAUCUCGGUAUCGCCAUAGGGUCCCACACAACAUGGAUCCGAGACUCUCUUAUGUUGAUGUAGUGGGCCCCGACGAGCUUGAUGAAGAGUUUGAUGGGUUUCCCACCACAAAACCACCUGAGGUGGUUCGCGUAAGAUACGAUCGGCUUCGGGCCUUGGCGGGGAGGGCCCAGACGCUAUUAGGUGACGUGGCGGCCCAAGUGGAGCGUUUGGAGGCAUUGUAUAAUUGGAGGGACCCAAGAGCGAGUGGAAUAUUCGUAGUCUUUUGUCUACUUGCUUCACUGGUCUUCUACGUGGUCCCAUUUAAGGCCUUUGUGUUGGUGUGGGGGUUCUACUACUUCCGCCACCCACGGUUCCGCGAUGACAUGCCGUCGGUCCCCCUCAACUUUUUCAGGCGACUACCGUCGCUGUCCGAUCAAAUUCUUUAGAUUUCCUUGGUUUUUGUUGUCCUUUAUAUGCAUUACUAUUAUUUUUAAUUUUAAAAAUAAUGUCUAAAAAGUUGUUGUUCUUGGACCCUGGUGAGCCAAAAAGUGGAUGAAGUGACCGUUACAAUGUGCGCAGAAAGUGGACCAUUAUUGUAAGUUGCAAUUAAGAAAUCUAGGAUUCAAACAUUUCGA